CAAAAUGGAGGAAGGUUUAAUUAGUCGGUUGAAUAAUUGGUUUUGGAAUGAAGAUGUUUGGUUACCUAAAAACAUGACUUGGGAAAUAAUAAGGCGUCAGGAAAAAGCAAGAUAUGCUCAGUUUAGUGAAUUAUACAAUGGUUUGCUUGUGGCUGUAGUUCUUAUUUUUGUACGAUACAUACUUGAAAGGUUAGUGUUUACGCCAGUAGGAAUUUAUUUGGGAUUAAAAGCAACCAGACCUAAAAGAGCUCCUGAAAAUCCCGUCCUAGAAAAAGCUUUCAAGGCUAAUGGGCGAAUACCAUUCAAACAGGUUCAAGGCUUAGCAAAGCAGCUUGAUUGGUCUGGGAGAAAGGUUGAGAGAUGGCUUAGACAGCGAACUGUUCAAGAGAAACCACUUACUCUUACGAAGUUCACAGAAAGUUCAUGGAGAUUUACUUUUUACUUUUCUGCCUUCUUGUAUGGGUUGUAUACACUCUCUGAUAAACCUUGGUUGUGGGACACUCGUUAUUGCUGGUAUGGUUAUCCACAUCAGUCAGUAACUGAUGAUGUAUGGUGGUAUUACAUGGUGGAGUUAGGAUUCUACUGGUCAUUAACUUUUUCGCAAUUCUUGGACAUUAAGAGAAAGGACUUUUUACAGAUGUUUGUACACCACAUCAUCACCAUUAUGUUACUGAGUUUUUCUUGGGCUUGUAACUUCUGGCGAGUAGGAACAUUAGUGAUGCUUAUACAUGACUUUGCAGAUAUUCCUCUUGAGGUAACCAAAAUGAUAAAAUAUCUAGGGAAGCAAAACAUGGCUGACGUCUCAUUUAUGAUUUUCACUCUAGCAUGGAUUGUUUCUAGAUUAGGACUUUUUCCUUACAGAGUAAUCUACAGUACAAUGUAUGAAGCCAUUACCAUCCUGGACUUUUUUCCUGUCUAUUUCAUUUUCAACUCACUACUUCUAGCCCUUCAGCUUCUUCAUGUUGUGUGGACCUGGAUCAUUGUUUGCAUUGCACUACAAGCUUUUCAGAAAGGGGUAAGAGACUUAAGAAGUGAUGACAGUAGUAAUGCUAAUGGUAGCAGCAGUAAUGAUGAAACCUCACCCAGUAAAGCAAGGAAAAAUAACAGAUCUUGAGAUUAACAGCAAACCCUUAACACUUUGUCGUUGCCAUCAUUAUAUUGUAGUAACUUCAAAAAUUAUCAUUCACCACUUCUAGCAUUCCAAGAAAUCUUCGAAAGACAAUGUUUUAAGUUUCUUCAUUAAAAGUACUUGAUCAAACCUGUGUGUUUAUGUGUGUGUAGAAUUAGAAGAUUCCUUUGCCAGAAGUGAAGGUGUCUUUAUUUGUCUUUUAAUUUUAUGACCAAUUUAAAAAGGAAUUGUUUUAGUAAUACAGUAAUGGUAUGAAAAUGAUAUAUAUAUAUUGAGAUAUACACAUACAUACAUACAUACACACGGAUAUGUAUAUGUGUGUGUGUGUAUAUGUUUGUAUAUUUCUUAGAGUCUAUGUAUAUAGGGUAUACAUAUAAAGAGAAAUACUAAUUUUUUUUCUGGAAAAAUAGAUUUAAUACUGUAAUCAAGAUGUUUUAAUAUUUUAGUUCUAUACUGUAAGAUUUAUAAGUAUUUGAAAUUACUACCAUAAAAUACAGAGAAGUAAUUCAUAAAUUUUCCACUGUUUUUAAACUGUCUCCAUUUGAACUAGCUGACAACUUUUGAUUUAAUAAUUUACAGACUUAGAAUGGACCAUAACCAAAAUACCUCUCAAGGUUAGCUGUAACUAGAUUCAUAAGAACUCUUGUUUAUGUCUAAAGUAUUGAUAUUUUAAUUACUUCAGUUUCUUACUUUAUUAUUAGAUUUGUUUUCCUUUAACUUGGAGAAUUAUAGUACAAUUAUAGUAUAAUAUCCAGUGUUAUUUAAUCUAGAGAAAUGGUAUACUAAUAAUAUCCAAAGUGAAAUUUAACUCAAAAUAAUGGCAACGUACUAGUAUGUAUAGAGUUAACAGAAAUACAUUUUUUGUAGUGAUGAUACACUCAUAGUAUUCAAUGUGUUUACAACAAAGUUUAGUUCAGACUCGUGGUACACUAGUAGUACCUAAUGUGUAUUCAUGUUGAAACUUAGUUAAGAGUGAAGAUACACUAAUAGUGAAAAGAUUGUUUGUGAUGUUGGUCAUAGUGAUGGUGCACAAGCAAUAGCUAGUGUGUGUCCACACUAAAAUUUAAUUUAAAAUGAUAAUACACUAAUAGUAUACAGUUUGUGUCCACAUACUUCACUAGUAGUGAAGAGAUUGUGCCCAGAUUGAGGCUUGGUUCAGAGUGAUGGUACACCUGUACUGAACAGAUUGUGCUUAGAUUGAGGCUUGGUUCAGAGUGAUGGUACACCUGUAGUGAACAGAUUGUGCUUAGAUUGAGGCUUGGUUCAGAGUGAUGGUACACCAGUAGUGAAGAAAUUGUGCCCAGAUUGAGGCUUGGUUCAGAGUGAUGGUACACCAGUAGUGAAGAGAUUGUGCCCAGAUUGAGGCUUGGUUCAGAGUUAUGAUAUACUAGUAUUUUAGAGAUUGUGUCCACAUUGAGACUUAGUUCAGAGUCAUGAUAAACUAGUAGUGAAGAGACUGUGUCUACAUUCAGUCUUAGUUCAGAGUCAUGGUAAACUAGUAGUGAAGAGACUGUGUCCAAAUUGAGACUUAGUUCAGAGUCAUGGUAAACUAGUAGUGAAGAGUCUCUGUCCACAUUCAGUCUUAGUUCAGAGUCAUGGUAAACUAGUAGUGAAGAGUCUCUGUCCACAUUCAGUCUUAGUUCAGAGUCAUGGUAAACUAGUAGUGAAGAGACUGUGUCCACAUUCAGACUUAGUUCAGAGUUAUGGCACACUAGUAGUUCCAGAGUGUGUUUACAACAGUGCUUAGGUCAAAAUGGUGAAAAACAAUGAAAUAUUCAAUUAAAUCCAUAGCUAAGGAUAAUUGUACAUUUGCAGCUAAUGAAAUACUUAUUUCAAAAUAAUGUUAGAGUAUGUUAAUGUCCAGAGUGUUAAGUUAGAUGUUUCACAAAUAGUUUCUGUUCAAAGGUCUAUGCUUAGUUCAAUUUGGUUGAAAUGUUGUUUCAUAUGAUACAGAAAUAUUUAGAUGUUACUGGUUGUCCAAACAGCAUUGGUAGAUCAGCUCUAUAUAUUUCUUGUACAUGUUAUUUGACAACUAACAUUAGCUAUAUGGGUAAAAAGCCUCCCUCUUUGCAAUUUUUUUUUUUAUGUCUAGCUGAAAUUAUGUUACAGUCAGAAACUCGUUAAUAAAAGUAUUGAUUGUAUGUGUGUGACUGAAACACAAAUAUUCUUACUAAACUGUUUUCAUUACUUUAAAAUAUGUAAAAGUCUGAUAAAUUAUUUAGCAUUGUUUUAACUAAAUGUUUAAACCUGAACUUAGUCUAUUGUUCACAUAAAUGUGGAAGUGAUGAUGUAUGCAAUAGAAAAUUGAUUGUGAGAACACUAUGAUUCACUACUACAAAAGUAGGUUUGCAAACAUGGAUUAAGUUAUGCAUCUGUCAUAAGCAUGGCUCACAUUAAACACCUAGCUUUUGGCAACAGGUUGCCGUGCACUGUUAAAUUUUUAGUGGUGUGAAAAAAUGAAAAUAAUAAUACAGCAGGGCUUAAGUAACUUGUUCCCUGAUCAACUUUGUAAUAGUGGCUUCCAUAAACUUAAAUAUGCACUAUGUGUUCAUUGUAGGUAGAUAGGUUAAUUCUUACACUUACCUCCAAUUUUGGAAGUUGUAAACUGUUAGUAUGUAUCCAUUUCCAAUUGUAACCAUAGUAUGGAUGAUUCUCAAUGAUAAUUUAAAAAAUAAAAGCACAUGCACUAUAUAUAUAUACACACACACUUGUGGUUGUGUUAGGAGAAGAAAUACAAAAUAUGAAUUGGAUAUAAUGUAUUUUUAAGACAAAUUAAUUCCAUGAUUGUUAGUUAUUGCUCGUGUAUAUACUAAAUAGUGGUUACUUAAAGAUAAAUAUUUGUCCAUUACAAUUACUAAUUGUGUUUCUUUGGCACUUUUUUUUUGUUGUGUGUGUGUGUGGAGUUUGAAUUUUUUCACUUUUUACAUUAGCAAUAGCAAACUUGUAUUUAGAACUAAUUAUGCAUAAUAUUGUUGAUGGCUAUAACUUCAAGAUGCUUCAUGAUUUGUGUUUCAGUUCUGUGUUACCUCUGUUUAGUGUUAAAUAUUUGCUCAUCUACACCUGUUUUCUCACAGUUAUGGCUUGUUAAAUUGGAAGUAUACCAUCACCCCUUUGUUUUAAAUACAAGUUAAUAACAUUUAGGCAGUACAAGAAAUACUGUACUGUUUUCUGGAACAGGUAAUCUUAAUAAUAAAAGAACACAAUAUUGUGUAUAGCAAUUAGUGAAAAACCCACAGUAAACAGAACAAACUGUCAGAAGUCUGAUAUCAGUGAAACUAGUUUUGACAUAUUCAUGUUUCCUCUUUAGUCUCGCGUUGUCUUCUGAACAUGAGACUGAAGAAGAUGCACAAAUGUGUCGAAACUAGUUUUUCUGAUAUGAGACUUCUGACAGUUUGUUCUGUUUACUGUGGUUUUUUUUCACUAAUAGGUGAUCUUUUACCACUCUGUAUUUCACCAAACCAAACACAAGCAAUCAAACUAUAUAAAACUUAUGCAAAGAUUUGUGAAAAGGUUUUCGAUUUAUUACUGUAAGGAUAAUUUUAAAAAACCUAGAGAUUAUACGUGCUACUGUGUUAUGUGUCUAAAAUAUUUAAUGAAAGCUUUCUGGAAAAGAAGUGAGUUUGAUCCUUUCAAGAUCAUAGUUCAGUUUUUAGUGAAGAUCUAGUGUACCAGCUUUGAAAACUAAUAACCCAAUAUGAGCUAAGGUAGCCAUAGUAUGUCAUUACGUUCAUUCACUGUGAGGGGCUGAUAUUGCCACAGUGAUGGUUAGUCGGGGUUGAUGGUGCGUAAUAAUUGUGAUAUUGGUACUAAUUACUUUAAGUAUUUAUGGUGGUAUUUAUUUCGGUCUGUAGGCGUACUUGUAGUACCAACAUUUGUGUUUAAAGUGAUGGGGCAUACAGUUUUCAGAGAUUUACUGUUUAAAAGAAAGAUGUUUAUUUUUCUUUAAAUUCAAUGGGGAAAAGAACUCCAUAUUUUUGGGGCCAUAUGUUACUCAUUAUAGGGAAUUAAAAAGUGGUUGUUCAGAAAACUACAAGUGUAGACAACCAGCUAAUGAUCUGGAAUUGUUGUAUACUUUGUAACUGUUUUAAUGUAGAAUACCAUAGUAGUUCAGAUACUAAAAUUAGUAUCUUUAGUACUUUGUAAAUAUAGCAACAUUGUGUGAUCAGCUAGUUUGCUUUUAUUUUCAGUGUACGAGGUAUAUUGUAAUUGUUUUUCUGUAUAUUUAUUAACUGCAAUAAUAAAAGAGGAGGAGAGCUAUACAUCUAACAAAAUAAAUACAUAAUGUUACGGGAUUAAGUUUGCAGUUGCAGCAUUCUGAGUAAAGUUAUCUUUUUCAUAAUGAUAGUAAUAAUAAUAAUACAAUGGUCUGAAGGAGCUAUUUGUUAGCAAUGUGUUAAAAAGCUGAGUUUAUUAUUGUACAUCUUUUUACUUUUACGUGAUUUCAUUAACCAAAAUAAAUAUAAAUGUGUUUAAAAAAUGCUAAUUCAGUAAUUUUUAUUUAAUGUGAAUAUAAAAUGCAGUUUGUCAGGUUAAUUCUUCCAGUAUUUCAUGUUUUUCUAAUGGUGGUAAAAGUAGUUGUUCAUAAAUCAAUCAAAGUAACAGAAAUGGUCUACCAUGCUAUCACUUAUUAUAAUAACCAGAUUGUUUGUUACCAUGAAACAUUUGCCUCUGCCUUCUGUAACCAGGUAACAAUUGCCUCUCUUCUGUAGCCAGGUAACAAUUGCCUCUCACUU